AUACACUAAGAUGCUAUAGGGCAAUAUCGCAUUUGGGUGAUAUCUAAUUAGUAAAACAACUCGAAGUUGCCAUCUUUCUGGAAAUGGAAAUGGCCGGCGGCGGCCGCGGCAUUGGCAUUUCAACAACUCUACAUCAUCUUUUCUUUGCUCAACUCUACUCUACUCGUCAAUAUCGCAUUUCCUCAACUCUACUCGUCAUGACCUUUUCUUUGCUCAUCAUCUUUCACAAGUACAAAAACAAGAGAAAAAAUACCCUCUCCCUUCCACCUGGCCCAAAACCAUGGCCAUUAGUCGGAAGCCUCCCAGAAAUGCUCAUAAACAAGCCCACAUUCCGGUGGAUACACAGACUAAUGGAGGAAAUGAACUCCGAAAUCAUCUGCAUUAGUCUUGGCAAUGUUUCUGUCAUUCCCGUUACUUCUCCUGAAAUUGCUUGCGAGUUCUUGAAGAAAUUCGAUUCUGUCUUCUCCUCCAGACCGAUUUGUUUAUCGGCAAAAGUCAUAAGCCAAGGAUAUCUCAGUGCAGUUCUUGCACCAAUGGGACAUCAGUGGAAGAAGAUGAGGAGAGUCCUCGCUUCUGAGGUUCUUUCCCCAGCGAGAUUUCGAUGGCUUCAUAAAAUAAGAGUAGAAGAAGCCGAUCACCUUGUUCGCUUUGUGUACAAUCAAAGCUACAAAAGUUCCAUAUCGAGUGGUCUUGUGGAUAUAAGAGCCACUGCAAAGCAUUAUUGUGCCAAUGCGAUAAGAAGGAUGAUAUUUGGGAAGAGAUUUUUCAGAGAGGGAAGGGAAGACGGCGGUCCAAGCGUUGAGGAUGAAGAGCACGUUGAUGCUCUAUUCACCAUCCUUGAGUAUCUCUAUUCAUUCUGCAUCUCAGAUUAUAUUCCAUGGUUACGAGGCAAUCUAGACUUGGACGAUCAGGAGAAAAUCAUCAAAAAAGCUGUCAUUACAUGUCGAAAAUACCAAGACCCAAUAAUUGAAGAAAGGGUUGGAGAAUGGAAAAGGGGUGCGAGAGCAGAGAAAAAGGAUUGGCUGGAUGUGCUCAUUACCCUCGUAAAUGAGGAUGGUAUCCCAUUACUCUCAAUAGAUGAAAUCAAAGCCCAAAUUACAGAGCUGAUGCUGGCAACAGUAGAUAACCCAUCAAAUGCCAUAGAAUGGGCGCUUGCUGAGAUGCUGAAUCAACCAGAAAUAUUAAAAAAAGCCCUUGAGGAACUGGAUACUGUGGUCGGCAAAGAAAGACUCGUCCAAGAAUCCGAUCUCCCACAACUCAACUAUGUCAAAGCUUGCAUCAAAGAAGCCUUCCGCCUCCACCCGGUUGCACCCUUUAACGUACCCCAUGUCUCCGUCGCAGACACAACCGUCGCCGGCUACUUCAUCCCCAAGGGUAGUCAUGUGUUGCUCAGUCGCCCCGGACUCGGCCGAAACCCUAGGGUUUGGGAGGAGCCACUCAAGUUCCAACCAGAGCGCCACCUAAAGGCCGAUGGCUCCGAGGUGGGGCUCAAUGACUCGGAUCUACGCAUGUUGUCGUUCAGCAUUGGACGGCGUGGAUGUGCCGGCGUCACUCUAGGAUCUGCCAUAACUACAAUGCUAAUGGCCAGGCUUCUUCAAGGCUUCACUUGGAAAUUGCCGCCCAAGGUUUCAAAGAUUGAGCUAAAGGAGUCGGCCAAUACUCUCUUUCUUGCUAAGCCUUUGCUUGUUCUUGCAGAGCCGCGAUUAGCAGAAAACUUGUACUUUUCACUUUGACUUAUAGCUAGCGAGAUAGCAAGAGUAAGUGUAGAGUUUGCUUUAAUUAUGGCCAGUAGAUGUCAAUUGUUAUAGGAUUUCCUUUUAGAAAAAUGCACAUAAAUGUAUCUAGAUGUGCAGAUUCUGGAGAAUAAAUUUGUAAUGUGUGCGAACCAAGAGGGCUUUGUGUAGACGUACGUCAGUAUAUUUUAUUAUACUGGCUAGAAAAAUAAAGGUUCUUAACUUCGAAAGGUAGCGGAAAA